UCGGCGCAUCACUUUACGACACAGAAAAGCCUACCAAAUCAGUCUCCAGAAUGGCCUCAUCAUCGACUGGCGACGCACCGUCGAUUUCGGCAACGUCGCCCCCCGCCAUUGUCUGCGUGGGCAUGGCAGGCUCGGGCAAGACGACUUUUAUGCAGAGAAUCAACGCGCAUCUUCACUCAAAGAACACACCGCCCUAUGUCAUCAACCUGGACCCCGCGGUCCUCAACGUCCCCUUUGACAGCAACAUCGAUAUUCGAGACUCGGUCAACUACGAAGAAGUCAUGAAGCAGUACAAUCUGGGACCCAACGGAGGCAUUCUAACGUCGCUAAACCUCUUCGCCACAAAGGUCGACCAGAUUGUCAACUUGCUGGAGAAGCGCGCCAAGCCCGACCCCGAACACCCGGAGCGCAAGCCCAUCGACCGGAUCCUCGUCGACACCCCUGGACAGAUUGAAGCUUUCGUAUGGUCUGCCUCGGGAACCAUUCUCCUCGAAUCUCUCGCAUCAGCUUUUCCUACUGUCAUUGCCUACAUCAUUGAUACCCCGCGAACUGCUUCAACGUCAACAUUCAUGUCCAACAUGCUCUACGCCUGCUCCAUCCUGUACAAGACAAAACUGCCCAUGAUCUUGGUAUUCAACAAGACCGACGUCAAGGAUGCUUCAUUCGCCAAAGAGUGGAUGACGGAUUUCGAAGCGUUCCAGGAAGCUCUGCGCCGCGACGAAAACUCUGACACCUUUGGCGGACAAGAAGGGUUCGGAAGCGGUGGCAGCGGCUACAUGGGCAGCCUGCUCAACUCGAUGAGCCUGGUGCUGGAGGAGUUUUAUUCACAUCUCAGCAUGGUGGGAGUCAGUUCAAGGAUGGGGACAGGUAUCGACGAGUUCUUUGAGGCCGUGGAAGAGAAGAGGAAAGAGUUCUUGGAGGAUUACCUGCCCGAGCUGGAACGACGACGAGACGAGAGAGAAGAGCGAAAGAAGAAGAGUCGCCAGGAGGAGCUGGACAAGAUGAUGCAGGGCAUGUCUGUUGUUGCCAACGAUGCAGCAGAGAAGAGGCCUAUCCAGGUCAAUGACGACGACGUGGAUGUCCCCAGCGAUGCCGACUCUGGCGACGAGGACGAGGACGAUGAAACGACCAAGGAGGGCCUGCAGGCGAGGUAUGCCGCUGCUAUGGACGGCAAGGACGAAGGCAUCUUGGGCGACGCGAGUUUCGCCAAGUAUCUGCACACACAGCGGUAACGCAACAGG